AUGUGGUGGGCACUCCAUGGAUGGAAAGCAAGGUUGUUGGCCAAAGGUGCUGCUACCAAUACAGCAACAGCCUGUCGUUGUCUGAAAUGUUUUGUCCUACUCUGUGGGCUAAAAAAAAACAAAGGUGUACAUGCAAUUGUGCAUAUUCCAAUUUGGCUCUUUUCUGUCCUGUGCAACAAACGCUACAUGGGAACUGACGAGUGGCUUCGUCCUGACCAGCGUGUUUAUCCCGACGAUAAAAGGGUUGGGCUUUGGCAAUUUCCUGAUUUCCUGAUUUUCUGGACUGAAACGAGUAUCUUAUUGGAAGCAACGGACAUGGAAAAGUAUGCUGAAAAUGCUCGACAAUAUUACUACACAGGACGCAGAAAUUUUGGGUAUGAAAUAGUGUCUUCUAUUGGGUGA